AUGGACAGCAGAAGUCCUUCAAUCGCCUGCAUAGGCGUGAUAGGGCGAAGCAACAACCCACUACACAUAUCGCUCUUCCCCGCAACAGGACCCGGCUACGAAGCUGAACGCGACCGACUGGAGUUCUCCUUCAUGCUCAACACCUGUCUGGACAUCUUCGAAGCCCGCCUGCCCUCCAAAGGUCUCACCCACGAUUUCGGCCUGCUUCAUGCUUUAGACGAGCGGAUAGCCAUGUACGGCUGGAUGACGAACACCGGGGUCAAGUUCGUGAUUGUCAUUGACAUAGAAGGCACCGUGGCUGAGGGAGGGAGGAUUACUGCGGGUAUGGGAUUGAGGAAUAGCGACCUGACGCCGGCUUUUCAAGCAUUGCAGCAUGCGUAUAUCAAGCUCCUGCGCAAUCCGUUCUACGAGCCUGAUGAUCACGAUCCAAAGCUCACCAAAGGCCCCACUGGCUCGCUUCAAAUCGCGAGUCCGAACUUCAUCAGGGAAGUCGAGCGCAUCGGGAAGGCCUGGUAUCCGGGCAUUCGGUCGGAUGAGAUGCUCAAAUGA